CUCGAGAAUCAGUUGCUUUUCGGCGUUCGGCACUUGAACAGCUCUUUGGCUUUACUAAACCAGCUUUCGGGGUAACUUGGAAGUGAUCGUUGAACACUUUGGCUUUCAAUUUGUUAGGGCAGCUGGUCGGUUCGCAAUUUUCGUGUAUUUUUCCGAGUGUUUGGAGUUUUUGUGAUACGACCAAUUCUACAAAACACCAAGCGACUCCAGUGGCAGUAGUGCUACAAUUUCUGUGUUUUGUCGCAAAGAAUCCUUCCGACUCAGUCGGUUGGAAGGAGAAGAGAGUGUUGAGGAAGGCCUCCGGAAGCCUCGGCGAUUGUUGUUUUGUGUGGAGGAGAAGUGGAAAUUUUUGUAUCUUGAAAUCCGGGGAAGUCGGUGAUACAAGAAACGAAGUUUUUGAAUUUGUGUAGAUUGAUUUAUUGGAAAAAUUUUAAGUGCUUGUGAAGAAAACUGCAAAGUGGUGAGGUGAAACAGCUUGGGAAUUUAAAGGUGUGUGAAAAAUUGGCAGCUCUUCGUGGAAGAGAAUUCAGAAAAGAUUCCAACCGGGUUCUCGCCGCAGACGUAGACGAAGGUAGCAGACGGAGAAUUCCACAAAUCGAAUCGGUAGAUUGUGCGAUUCCCAAAGCUCAGCGACGACGGUGAACAUUUCACUUCCCGCGUCGAAGAAAGCAAAACAAAAAGUGUACCCAACCUACAGAAAAUUUCGCACAGCGUGAAACCGCAGUCUCUCUAGUAAAACAAAACGAAGAAUACGUCAAUUCUUCGGAAUACCCAAUUGCUCUCGACGACCGCGUGCUCGUAGGCCCACCACUCAGCUGGUGUUGUUAUCUUUGGAAAUUCAUCUCAACCCAACGCGCACCCUAUCGCCAUAUCUAGUACAUAUAUGCAUUAGAUAGGCGAGCAAAUACCGCGAAAGGUAGCGCCACUGCCAGCCGGCCGUCUCCGGUUGUAUUCUUUUCCCUUUCCUUUUUUCCAUUUCGGGAGUGUUGCUUGAACAGCCCGCGCACGGGACCGCUCGGUUUCAGAACUUUAGCGAAGUGUACUGUAGCUGAGUGUUGGUUGGGUUAAGUUAAAAAAAAUAGUCCAGUAGCGGUGAAUCAACGGCAUCUACCUUAACUGGUGACCGUGUACAGACGAACGGAGAACACCGAAGUGAUAACCGACGUGGAUGUCGAGCAAGAUUCAACAGCGAUAAUCGAAUAUAAGCUAAAGAUUCCCCGCUAAAUGUUGAACAACUUGACGAAUCUACAAGAAAACGCCAGCAUUAGCACGGCAAACGCUUCGCCUCGCAACUACACCAAAACCUGAAACCACUCUUUAUAAGCAAACGAUCCGUACUCUCAACGCGACGACGAAGCACCGAACACUGAGAGGAAACGGAUCCAAUCAGCAGGCAUAAACGACAAAACCGUAGGACCAAUUAGGUUGCUCCUCGAGCAGAGAGAGUAUUUUAAUUAAGACAAACAUUUCAUCAACCCCGAUAGGGAUCAGGUGGUUGACGGAGGGGACAACAUUAGUGCUUGCACAUUGCUACCCACAAAAAGAAACCAAAACUCGGAUUGAUUGGAUGUGGUAGUUCCGGUUUUGCGUUGGUUUAAAUGUAAUCCGUUACAUUUAUUGGAGCUAAGCAGAACGGUCCUUUCAGACAUCAGUUAGUAGGUGAAGAGAAACAUAAGAGUACGAAUAGAAGAAUGCGAACAAACGCAAUGAUGGGCACUCGAACAAUUGUAAUAGCGGUGUUCUGUCUGCUGACGGUGUUCCUAACCGUCUCCACAGCACAGUCACAAUAUUACUCUGAGCAGCAGCAGCAGCAGCAGCAUCAGCAACAGAUACAGCAAUAUGAUCCAAACACACCUCCACAGCACCCUGGCGAGCACAUUUCGGGCCGCCGGUUCAAACGGAUGUACGCCAUGUGCCCGCCGCACUUCUUCCGCAUCGGCAACGAGUGCUACUUCAUUUCGCAGAGCAGACUAAACUGGCUGGAUGCGCACUUUGAGUGUAAAGAUCGCAACAGCAAGCUGGCCGAACCGAUGAAGUACGACGACAAGAAUUUGAGAAAGUUCCUGCAGACAACGAAGGAGAAGAACUUUAUCUGGAUCGGUGGCAACUACAACUGGAGGGCCAACAAGUGGCAGUGGGGCUACAAUGGAAAGGACAUCGGAUAUCAGUCCUUCAGUCAGAUGGUUCCUGGCCAGGAUUUGAAGUUCCACUGUGCAGUGCUUAGCCCUGAAGUCAAAUUCAGAUGGUCAGCCAAGAUAUGCACAGAAAAGUUAAAUUUCAUCUGCCAGCACAAGAUGCCGUUCGUGAACAGCCACAGCCGCAGCAAGGUCUACACCCGGUGGAAUGAAACCUUCCCGAACGAGCUGGCCAACGAAGUCGAGGUGGUCGUGGCCAAUCAACCACGCAGCAACAAGCAGAGGGACUUCUACCGUACGAGCAGCAAUAGCACUGUAAAUUCAACGGUAUUGUACAACCGAUUCAAGAACAAGAAACAAUCCAACCGAGCCCACCGCAUCAAGGCAUCUCGCGUUAAAAACUUUAUCGGUAACGACGUUAUCCGUCAACCGGUGGUAGGGUACGUCCAAUCUCACAACUCCAUUAACGGGAACGGAAACGGUUACCAUAACGGUAAUGGAGCCUUCAUGCGCGAUUUCAACGUAGAUAUUCAUCCCCAGAAGAAGAUAAACCGCAAGUACGAAGCCGACAACGGCGAGUCCCGUCCACACCAGCAUCGUCAUCACUUAACAGAGCCCAACGCUCGUCCAGCAACCGCAGCACCUGCAUCAGCGACGACUACAGUGACUACGACGACGACGACUACACCGACAACCGCCGCACCGGAGACCUUGCCAACGGAAGCCUUACACGUGGUUACCGAAAACUACCAACCAAACCAGCCGCAAGAGAACAAGAUGUCUCGUCGCGAUAAGCUCCGGGAACGGCUGGCUCGACUCACACCCGAAGAACGGAAACAGUUCUUCGCCAAGCGUGGCACGACUACCGAAAAGUACCAACCGAAUCAACCGCAACUGUCGCACGGAGAGAGGAAGGAUCGCCGCAACAAGCUCCGCGAACGACUCGCGCAGCUCACGCCCGAAGAACGGGACAUGUUCUUCGCCGAGCGUGCCAAGCGAAAACGGGUCAAGAAACAACGAGCCAAAAACGAAACCAUUCCGUAAGUGCGCUGCCAAGCAGCGAUCCGACUCCGUGGGAGGCAAGCAUGUUUGUGUAGAAAGAAAGAAAAAAAAACGUUGAAUACAUUGCCUCAAGAGUCCUUCCCAGUGAUGAGAGAGAUAGAGAGAAUGAGAAACGGGGAAUAGGUCGUAAACCCAAGGUUUUCGCUUACACCUUUUCCCACUCUCAUCUCGUAGACUCUCAAGAUUGACCAAUCUACAGAGAAGCAACAGAUUUAAUAAUAUAUUGAAAAGCGGUUCCUAAAGUCUGUCUUAUUAUCAGAUAAUCUAUCAUUCUUCCGCUCAAACAGAAAUGAUUACAAAAUACACACACACAUACACACACAUAUCCUUCCUUCAACUACUACUAGAGGAAAUCAGAGUUUUAAAAAUAAGAAGCAAUCUUCUGAAUACUAGUACUCGUUCAAAUGGACGAUUCUGUCAUGCCAUUAAUUUAACUCAGUUCAUCUACGAAUAUGUAAUACCAUUUAAGGAUACAGUUAACUACGUAACAAUUACCUUCGAAUCCAAAUGAACGAACCUUUUUUGUUGUUUAUUUUCCAGUUUAGAUUAAAUGUUACUAAAAGAGAACUAUUUUCAAUAAAUAAAACAAAAUCAAGCGAAAAAAAAAUGUCAACCAACAGUCAUUAUUUGUUAAGUUGAAGUGAAUUGAACGUUUUCGAUAUAUUCCGUAUGCAAUUACGCGUCAACAUCCAGCAACAAGUAGACUAAAAGCACUUAAGUAGAAAGAGGAACAAUCUCGUUACGGUUAGCGAAACCAAUUUAGAGGACAGAGUUUGAUAUCCAUUUCUUUAGACCAGUCAGUACGCACCGCAUCCAGUGAAUUAGUGCAACGCAAUGCUAAUGAAGAAGAAAGAGAAAAAAGCUUAAUCGAAAAAGAAAAAAAAACGAGAACAUUAACAAUUUGCCAUAUUAACAUUAAGUUUUAAACUAAAUAUGAGCAAACAGGAAGUCAAUAUGAAAAAAAAGCUAAAUUUUAAUAUGUUAAAUAAUUCUCUCGCCCCCUAAGAUCAUAGUGAGUAAGUGAAUCAGCCAACAAGUGAGCAAAAAUGCGAACGGCUUUGAAAUUCGGAAAAAGAAGUUGGAUCGUUGCGAAAAGAAAAAGAAAAAAAAAACAAGGAACAAGAAAUUAUGAAAAUAUACAACGACAUCUGUUGACAGUAUUUUUUUUUGUUCGAUUCGGAGAAUGGAAGCAAGUUUACAGAAGAGAAGAAAAAAUGUAAUGUAAACCUAUGAAUAAAGCUAACGAUGAUAACGUGGGAGAUGUCGAGUACGCAAAAACGGUAUUUGAAUGAGAUUGCAAAUAAAUAAAUCUUGAGAUAUAGGUGGGACGCUUUUCUUUUCGACAGGGGUGGAAAGGUUCAUGAGCAGUAAGCUCCGCAUUUUCUAAUUACUAUAAUUCAUAAAACUUUUAUUUUUUUUUAGUCAUUGGGUCUUCAGUAAGACAACCUUAGACCACAUUGUUUCAUCUGAUCAACCAUAUUUAACCAAUUUAUCAUUGUAUGGACAGUCCCAUGUGUCCCAUUUUUUUUAAAUCAUAAAUUUAGAACCGCUGGACCGAUUUUUUGGAAAAAUAUGAUUAUGAGCUAUACGUGGUUUGCAUUAAAAAACAUUGAUUUAAAAUCGAUUUUCAUGAUUUUCGUGACCUUAGGACCAAAGGCACUAUUGCAUUUUUUUCCGAUUCUGAGCUACAAUUUUUCUAAAAUAUUAAGUAUUGAAUAAUAAUUAUGAGCAAAAACUAAACACUAACAACGUAAAAAAAAGUGGGUCAAAUAGUUUUCGAUAAGAAAUAAAAUUACCAAUUAUUACGAAAUUCUAUAAUGCACCCUAUUUUUUCUAUGGAAUUACUGAUUAUGACGGUGAAUACGGGCCUUAAUACCAGAUAUGAAAAAAACGGUACCAAACCCAUCAUGCGACACAUCAAAUCACAUGAGAAUCAAAAAAACAAGAUCAAGGGCAGUCAAACUGUGUGCACCGGACCACAUUAGUCACAUCCGGACAGGAUCCAGGUACCCCCGAGGAAGUGAUCAACUGAAUCAAAUCCCAUCAUGCGACACUUCAAAUCACAUGAGGCCAAUUCCAGGCCAAAUAGGACAAAAACAUAAAAAUGUUGACUCAAAAUUCUCCGAUCUGCAUGAAACUUUGCAUAAUUCUCGCGUAACAUGAGAAAAGGGCCUAUUGAACGAUUAUUUUCAUCGAUUUUCUAUUUCGCGAAUAACACGACUGCAAAUGCAUUCUCGAUCAAGUUUUGUUUUUUUUUAUUGCUUUAUUAGUGAGAUUUUUAGCACAAUGGCUGCUUCAUCUUAUGAAAAAAGUGUGUUGUUUUAGGCACAAGUUAACAUCUUCUUCUGUCGAACUGUCUUGCGAGCAUAGCGAGAAAUUCGUGUAUGUUGCCGUGGUAAACCAAAGAGAAAGUCGAUGAAGACAAUCGAUCAACGAGGAUAGGCCCUUUUUAAAUGAUACGCGAGAAUUGUGUGUUAUGGGCAAUCAUUCAUAUUUUUGGAAAAUUUCGGCCGUUUUGGACCUUGCAUUUUAUUAAAAAUGGCGUCAUUAAAUUUUUCCAAUAGAUUGUAGCACUAAAACGUGAUUUCUGAUCGAAUUGACGUCUGAGACAAAUUUGUAUAGUGAAAUGUCUUUCUUGAAAAAAACAUACGAGAAAUGGAUGUAAUGUCAGCCUAAAUGCCCCUAAAUUCAGCAAUCGACUAAAUUUUCAAUAGCGACACAAAAUAUCCAUUAGUACUGACCCAAUGACGCAUUCAUCUAGAUAAUAUUGAUAAAGAGCAGAUUUUUAGCGAUGCGCUCAAUUUUAGAUCCAUAGGCCAACAUUAGAGCCAUUUCUCCUAUAUUACAAAAUUAACGUUUUAGU